AGAGCCUGUAAUAGAUACAAGAAAGAGGCGUUGCAGCUCUGAGGCUCUGUCUCCACCUGUUUCCCCCAUUGCUCUCUACUCCAGGGGGCUUGUGUCUUGUGCCUCUGACUCUCUCUCUCUCUGCCCCUUUUUCCCUUGUGCAUUUUGGUUCUGACAGGAUCAGCUGCCUCAACAUUUUAUCUUUAGACUAAAAUUAGGAUUGUUUCUGUGCAAGGACAAGCCCUGUUGCCUUUCAUCAUAGGGGUCCUCAAACACAGUGAGCUGAGCAUGGAAUAACCCAAGGGGGACACUAUUUGUGAGAUAGAGACAGCAAUUCCAGGAGCCAGGCCCUAAAGCUACAACUCGGAGCUUAACUGAGCACAGAGAGGUAGAUGGCAGCAUUAUCUCUUCACCCGCCCAAUACCCAUCCAGCUCUGGAAAUGCCAGGAGGAGCUCCACGGUUCUUGUGUUUUCCUCGCUCAAUCACAGCCCCUUCCGGCUCCCAAGCUGUCCUUAGAUGCCGUAUAAGUGGGGACCCCCCACCACAUGUUCUGUGGGAAAGGGUGGGCAACAUUCGAAUGGAAUUAGGGGAGAGGUGUGUGGUCCAAAAUGAUGGAGACUGGUACCAGCUAGUGAUCAGUGACCUGAGGCCUGAGGACACGGGUCAUUACAUGUGCAGAGCCAGUAACUGGUCAGGAGAAGGGUAUGCCGGAGCUAAAAUCACAGUGAACCCCAGCCUUAACCCCACUGCUGAACCUCUUCCUUUACAACCCCAUCUUCCUGUGAUGUCACGUGAGACCCCCUUUAUACCUACUGUCAGUUCUGACUCCUGCACCUUGCCCUCGUCUAAAACCCAGCCCCUCAUCCACAAAUGUAUUUCAGAAACCUCUGAUUCUCAGGAAGCAGAUCUCAAUACCAACAUCUUGUCCUUUCCCCAGACUGGUUUGUCUACAGCCACCGAACUGCCCCCUCGUUUUCUGCUUACUCCAGUCUCUCAGAGAUUAUGCCGGGGUCAGAGUGGGGAGCUCACAUGUAAAGUUUCUGGGAUCCCAGAGCCCACCAUUCGCUGGGAGAAAGAUGGGAGAAACCUGGAUGAACUUUGUGAUGGAUCUCAUUACCGAUUGUCCCCUGGGGGUCACACGUUAUUGAUUUCCCGAGUGCACCCACCUGAUGCUGGGGUGUAUGUCUGCCGGGCUACUAAUACAGUAGGGCAGUGUUUGGCCGCAGCUGUAGUCCUGGUUGAUCCAACGCAACGCCAUGGCCAAGAACCCUACCCAGGGGAUCCUCCAGCCCAGGUGAAAGUAUUCACUGUCAAUGAGGGUAAACAUGCCAAGCUGCGCUGCCUGGUGACUGGCAAACCGCGCCCAGAGAUUAUUUGGCGCAAAGAUGGUCGAGCUGUUAGCCCUGGGCGCAGGACACUAAUUUAUGAGGAUCGUGAAGGGCACUUUAUACUCAAGGUUCUGUUUUGUCGACAGCAGGACCGAGGCCUCUAUGUGUGUGGUGCUUCCAACAGUGCUGGGAAUACCCUAAGUGCUGUCAUGUUACAUGUGAGAGAGGUUGGAGAGCGGUUCCCAGCUCCUCUUAAGGACAUUGCGGUGAGGGAGGGCCAAGAUGCAGUGCUGGAGUGCUCAGUACCAGAUGGUACCCGGACGUCAUGGUUCCUGGAAGAUCAGAGACUUCACCCAGACAAGCACCACCACAUGGAGGAGCAUGGACCCAUCAGACGGCUCAUUAUUCGAGGGGCCCGGACAGAUGAUGAUGGAGUGUACAUGUGCCAGACUCAGCAGGGUGCACAGAGCAUUGCUGAAGUUGCUGUCAGAGGCCCUAUUAUAAAGAAGCUGCCUCGUCGUCUGGAAGUAGCAGAAGGUGGAAAUGCAGCCUUUUGUGCUGAGACAGAGAGUGAGAUGGAGCAGAUUGGUUGGACCCUGGAUGGACAUAUACUUUCUGAGAACCAAAGGACAAUAGUGCAGAGCUUUGGCAGGACUCAUGUCUUGGUACUGGUAGGAGUGACACAGAAAGAUUCAGGAAUAAUUCAGUUCCAUGCUGGACUCUCCGAGUCGUCCUGCCAACUGCGUGUGAAGGCUCGUGGGGUCAGCAUAAAGCCUGCCUCUGGGGAACCAGCCAGUAGGACUCUAGGAGCAGGACAGCCCAUCUGUCUAUGCUGCCAUGUUCCUAGCUCAGCCGUGAGAGUGCGCUGGAUGAAAGAUGGCCAAGAGUUGGAGUCAGGUGGACACUUCACCAUCCAAUCAGAGGGCAGAGUGCGGAGACUUCUUAUCUCAUCCUCACACCCAUCUGACAGUGGAACCUACAUGUGUCACACGGCUGAUGGAAGUGUCAGUUUCACUGUCAGUGUGACUGAGCCCCCAGUGAAAAUCAUUAACACUAGUGAUAACACCCAGCACAAGUGCCUGGCUGGUGAACAGGUGGUGCUCAGCUGUGAGGUGUCCAGAGAGAAUGCAGGUGUGCGCUGGUACAGGGAUGGCAUGGAGCUGGAGGAACAAGAAGGCCUUAGACUGGAAUCAGAUGGGAGACAUCGCAGGCUGGUGAUCCCCUUGGCAAAAACACAAGACUCAGGGGAAUUUGUAUGCGACGCCGGGGAUGACUCUGUUUUCUACCAUGUGACUGUGAAAGAGCCCCCUGUGAAAAUCGUGAACACUUGUGACGACACAGAGCACUCAUGUCUGAGCGGGCAGCAGGUGGUGCUGAGCUGUGAGGUGUCCAGAGAGAAUGCCCGGGUGCGCUGGUACCGAGAUGGAGUGGAAGUGGCAGAGACGGAUAGGAUAAGGCUGGAAUCAGAUGGUAGGCGACGUAGGCUGGUGAUAUGCGCUGCAGGGACACAGGACUCCGGCGAGUUUGUCUGCGACACAGGGGACGACUCUGUUUUCUACAAUGUGACUGUGACAGAGCCCCCGGUGAAUAUUGUGAACACUAGUGAUGACACUGAGCACUUGUGCGUGACUGGGGAGCAGGUGGUGCUGAGUUGUGAGGUCUCUCGAGAGAAUGCCCAGGUGCGCUGGUACAAGGAUGGCAUGGAGGUGGAAGAGACAGAGGGGAUCUGGCUGGAGUCAGAUGGGAAACAUCGCAGACUGGUUAUUUCCAAUGUACAGACUCAGGAUUCUGGGGAGUUUGUCUGUGAUGCUGGCAGUGACUCCAUCUUCUAUACAGUCACAGUGAAAGAGACCCCCGUGAAAAUUGUGAACACUAGUGAUGACACAGAGCACUUGUGCCUGACUGGGGAGCAGGUGGUGCUGAGCUGUGAAGUGUCCCGAGAGAAUGCCCAGGUGCGCUGGUACAAGGAUGGCAUGGAGUUGGAGGAAACAGAGGGGAUCAGGCUGGAAUCAGAUGGAAAACAUCGCAGGCUGAUUUUACACACUGCCCAAACUCAGGAUUCCGGCGAGUUUGUCUGUGAUGCAAGAGAUGAUUCUGUUUUCUACACCCUCACUGUGACAGAACCCCCAGUGAAAAUCACAAAGACGAGUGAGGAGGAAGAACACAGGUGGCUGAGUGGCGAGGCCAUAGUGCUGAGCUGUGAGGUGUCACGUGAUGAUGCCCAUGUGCGUUGGUUUAGAGACAAUGUGGAGGUGGUGGAAAGUGAAACUAUCCACCUUGAGUCAGUUGGGAAGCAGCGCCGGCUGGUUAUCAAUAACACAAGCCCCCAGGACUCAGGAGAAUACAUCUGUGAUUCAGGAGAUGACUCUGUGGCCUAUAAUGUAUUGGUGGCAGAGCCCCCGGUGAGGAUUACAAACACAAGUGAUGGCACGGAGGAGAAGUGCUUUAGCGGAGAGCAGGUGGUGCUGAGCUGUGAAUUGUCGCGGGAGAACGCCCUGGUGCGCUGGUACAAAGAUGGCGAGAGGCUGGAGGAAAACGAGAGGAUUAGAAUGGAGUCGGACGGGAAGCUGCGCAGGCUGGUUAUCCUUUCUGCACAAGUCCAAAACUCAGGAGAGUUUGUGUGUGAUGCUGGGGAUGAUUCUGCUUUCUACAGUGUCACAGUUACAGAGCCCCCGGUCAAGUUAGUGAGUACAGGGGAGAGCACUGAGCAGUCGUGCCUGAGUGGGGGGCAUGUGGUUCUGAGCUGUGAGGUCUCCAGAGAGGACGCCACCGUAUGCUGGUACAAAGAUGGCGAGAAGCUGCAGGAGGAUAAGAAUAUUUUACAGGAAUUGGAUGGGAGAUACCGGAGGCUGAUUAUCGCAGUGGCUCGGGUGCAAGACUCGGGGGAGUAUGUCUGUGAUUCCGGAGAUGAUUCUCUCUUCUAUAAUGUCACUGUGGCAGAUCCUCCAGUGACCAUUGUGAACAUAAAUGACAACUCUGAUCUCAAGUAUCUGACCGGGGAGCAAGUGGUACUGUGCUGUGAGGUCUCACGAGAGAACGCCCAGGUGGGCUGGUACCGAGAUGGGGUGGAGGUGGAGGUGGAGACGAGCAAUAGAGUUCGCCUUGAGGAAGAUGGAACCAUCCGGAGAUUGACCAUCCUCUCUGCCGAGACGCAGGACUCAGGAGAAUAUGUCUGCGAUGCUGGAGAUGACUCUGUCUUCUAUUAUGUGUCAGUCACAGAGCCCCCUGUCAAGUUUGUGAACACAAAUGAUGACACAGAACUCAAGUGUGUGACUGGAGAGCAGGUGGUGCUGAACUGCGAGGUGUCCAGAGAGAAUGCCCAGGUGCGCUGGUACAAAGAUGGCAUGGAGGUGGAAGAGACAGAGGGCAUCAGGGUGGAGACCAAUGGCAAGUACCGCAGGCUGGUGAUCCCCAAUGCACAGCCACAGGACUCCGGAGAGUUUGUCUGUGACUCUGGAGAUGAUGCAGUUUUCUACAGUGUCAUUAUCAGAGAGCCCCCCACAAAGAUCUUGCGCCCCGUGAUUCGAACUCAGGAUCUGCAGUUCAUCACAGGGGAGCGGGUGCAGCUGGUGGUCGAUGUGUCCCGGAGCGACGGCAGGGUGCGAUGGUUUAAGGAUGGACUAGAGGUGGAUGAAGAUGACAACCUGCAAGUGAUGUCGGAAGGUCUCCGCCGAUGCCUGGUCUUGCCCUGUGCGGUGGCAGAGGACUCUGGGGAAUAUAUCUGUGACACAGACAGUGAAUCUGCCACGUUUGAUGUCAAGGUUCUGGAGCCACCAAUUAAGAUCCUUCCCAGAGGGAGCUCGGCCUCUGAGCUCAAUGUUAUGGCAGGUGACCCCCUGUCCAUACACUGUGAGCUUUCCCGGAACAGCUCUGACCUCCGCUGGUUGAAAGAUGGAGAUGAAGUAACCCCAACAGAGAAUAUCAUCAUGGAGAAGCUGGGUACUAUGCACACACUACGCUUUCUGUCCAUCCAAGCAGAAGAUGCAGGGCAGUACCACUGUAACGUGGGAGCCGACUCCAGGGUCUUCACCGUAAAGGUGGAUGAGAAUAGAGUGAGGAUCUUAGAGCGCGAGCAGAUUGUGCCGUGGCGGUUUUGCACUGUGUCUGAGGACCUCAGGCUGGCACUCUCCCUGUCCCGACCUGACGCUGAGGUGAGAUGGUACAAGGAAGGAGAGCGGCUGAGAGACACGCCACACAUUCUAGUGGAGGAGAGGGAAGCAGAGUGCUCGCUGACCAUCCUGGGAUUGAAGCGUGUUGACGCGGGGGAGUAUCUCUGUGACGCCAGCAGUGACAGCUUCAGCUUUUAUGUCACUGUGGGAGAUCCUCCUGUUUCCAUUGUGGGGAACACAGGCACUCCUGAGCAGCAUCUCCUUAUGACCGGGGAUGAUCUAGUUCUGACCUGCGAGCUGUCCCGGCCAAACUUCAAAGUACGUUGGCUACGCAAUGGAGAGGAAAUGGUGUCUGCCGGACGGGUGAAAAUCCUAGCAAGAGGUGUUCACCGGCAACUUACCAUACAGAAUGUACGACCUGCUGAUUCUGGCACAUACACCUGUGAUGCCGGCACAGACCAGAUGCACACUGCAGUCUAUGUGGAAGCUCCCCGCGUGGUAGAAUUUGUCACUGAGCUGCAGAAUGUUACCGUCCUGGAAGGAGAAACCGCCAGCUUUAAAUGUAUGGUGUCACCUGACAAUGUGGAUCUUCGAUGGGAGCUGAAUGGGUCCCCUGUGUACUCGGAUAAAAGAUUUAGUACAACAAAUAAUGGCAUGUGCCAUUCCCUCAUCCUGCACUCCUGUCGUCUGUCUGAUUCUGGCAAAAUCACUGCCAAUGCCGAGGGGCUUAUAUCCAGGGCAAAGCUGAGAGUGCAAGAGGCACAGGUAUUGUUUGCACAAGGGCUCCAGGACAUGGAGGCAGAAGAGGAACAGGAUCUGCUGUUGCAGGUUCAGGUAACAAGGGAGCAGGCAGAAAUCCAUUGGGUGAAACAAGGGGUAGUUAUCCAGCCCAGCCCCAAAUAUACCCUACAGGCUUCUGGCUGCACGCACUCGCUCACUAUCCACGGGGUCCAGGCAUCAGACCGUGGUCGUUACAGCUGUGAGAGUCUACAUGACAGGACCGAAUGUCGCCUGAACGUUAUACCCCGCAGUAUCUCUGUGAAGAAGGGGCUGAAUGACAUUAAAUGUGUGGAGGGAAGCAGCGUGGAUUUUACUGUGGAGAUGUCCCACGAUGGUUUGGUUGGCGAGUGGUGGAAAGGUGGUGUCCGGUUGACCAACGACGAUCAGUGCACGAUCAGAUCCAGUGGGCGCCAACACUUCCUGCACCUCUCAGACCUCACCAUCCCUGACUCCAGCGUCAUUGCAUUUAUCACAGACACCCUGCGCACCACAGCACAACUGACAGUGAUCGAGCACCCGCUGACCAUCACGCAGCCUCCUCAGGACUUUGUAGUGAAUGAAGGGGGGGCAGCAACAUUCCAGUGUGAGGUGUCCAGACAAGAUGCCACAGUGACCUGGGACAAGGACGGUGUGCAACUGGUCCCAAAUGCAACGUGUCGCAUGUACUCCGUAGGCCGGCGCCGAAUCCUUCAACUCAGCCAGUGUGGGCCUUCAGAUGCCGGGAUCUACACUUGCCACAUGGGAGAUAUAAAUGCAUGUGCUACACUGCGUGUCCUUGAGCAAGAGCCUCAGAUGUUGAAGGAUCUCCAGGAUGUGGACAUUGCAGAGAAUGAGAAUGCUGUGUUCAUGUGCGAGGUGUCCUGCGCUCAGGCUAAAGGAGAAUGGUUCAAAAAUGGAGAGCAAGUCCAAGUCAGCAACACCACCAAGAUCCGACAGGAAGGACGCAGGCACUUCCUUUUAAUCUGUGGGGCACAGUGUGAGGACGCGGGCGAAAUCACCUUCAAAGCCAGACGCCUACAGUCUACAGCCCGACUCCGAAUUAAGGAGAUCCCAGUUCGGAUAGUGAAAGCUCUAAGGGACAGAACAGCCCUGGAGGGUCAUCGGGUCGUGCUGGAAUGUAAAGUCAACCCACCCAGAGCUCAAGUCAAGUGGCUACAGGGAGGGCGGGAAAUCUUCCCAUCCGCGAAGUACCAGAUAUGCAAUGAAGACGGCUUCCAUAAGCUCAUCAUCAACGAUGUGGCCCCUGAGGAUGAAGAUAUGUAUACAAUGAGCACAGCCGGGGGUCAAUGCUCAGCACGGCUGCUUGUGGAGGGUCUGGCCAUCCAGAUAUCCCGGGGACUGAGCGACGUGCGGGUGAAGGCGCCGGAGGAUGCAUGCUUCACAUGCGACGUGUCUCUUCCCCUCUCACGACCUGCUCAGUGGAGUCUAAAUGGUGAACCACUGCACAAUGAGGAAGAUGUCUCCAUAGAAACCAGAGGAAAUCGACACAGACUGAUCCUGAGGAACACGCAUCCCGGAUUGUCAGGGACAGUCAGGUUUACAGCAGGAAAAGCACGUUCAGAAGCUAAACUCACAGUGCAAGGAUAACCAGAAAAUCUCCCAAUACAUCCGAGGAGCACUGGAUCCACACCCAUCUACCAGUCCCGGGUAUACACCAUUCACCCCCCUAAUGCACCAUCUUCUUUGGCCCUUGGACCCCUGGCACUUGGUACAGCUGGGCUUGUACCACUGUAAAACAAUAUGGCUUCCCUGCAGCAAUGAUAAUUAGAAGCUGUCACCUUAUAUUAACACAUACUCUACCAGAGAGACAGUAGUCAGAAGUUAAGCAUUGGUCAGGGUCUAUCAGGGCAGGUGAAAUGGUACAAUGAGUUGAUGGGACAGAGGGGAGGAACAGAAAUAAAAGGGGUAAUAAAAGUGGUUAUUUUGUUGCUUAAAUCCGGGUCUGGUGCCUUCCAAAUGUCAGUAAACUGCAACUCCCAGUACUUGAGGAGAAGCAGAGAAAUGUAGCCCAACAACAUCUGAAGCAAAUUUGUCAAAUUCUGGCAGGAGCAUUGUGGUAUUACCUGGUCUCUAAGGGGUCGGACACUGCACAGAGGGGUAACAGCCUGGGAGCCAUGACCUUUUAGAAAAUUCAAGGUUCUUACUUUGCACGGCUGGGAUUUUAGCAGGUUCUGAACUACAACUUACUGAAUGCACCAUACUAAGAAGGUACUGGGAGUUGCAGGUGAACAAUGGAAGGUGGAGGCCCCAGUAAGUGACACUGAAAAGAAGAAGCGGUAAAGAAGGAAUAGCAAAUUUAAAAAAAGGGAACUGAAUCAAGGCAACAGGAGGUGAAUUAUGGCAGAGGGAAGAGCUGUGUGAUUAUCCAGGAUUAUGGGAGAUGGUGGAGAUACAUUCUAAUUCACAGAGGAUUGUGGGAGAUGGGAGGAGCUGUAUUCUGAUGCACAGAAGAUUAUGGGAGAGGGCAGAGCUACAUUUGAAUGCACAGUGGGUUAUUGGAUAGGGUAGAGCUGUAUCUUAAUACACAGAGGAUUAUGGGAGAGAUUCCUGAUGCAUAGAGGAUUAUGGGAGGGAAAUGGAAUGUGGGUUAGGUGGAUAUAAGUCUGGGUGUGUAGUGGUCACAAAAAGUCACAUGCUGCUUUAGGAGGUAAAGGGAUACUGAUAUUGUCCCCAGAUGGGGGUUCUUGGCUCUACCACAGGGUGAAAUAAAUGCACAACCAAUUUAUAAUAUUGAUAUUGUUUUCCUACUGAAUCUUUCCCCCAGAAAGUUCUUAGAACUGUUGUCCCCCUCUCUGUCCCAAUCCCUUCCCAGCUGUGCUCACCUUGUACUUAUGCCAUUUGCAUUGCUAUUAAAUAUCAUUUGUACUAAG